GGCAGGACGGGGCAGGACGGCCAUACCUUGCUGGCUAGGUGCUGGCCGGCCCCAGCUGAGCAAACACAGCUGGGAAGCAGUUCUUGCAGGUCCCUGGAGCAGCUCAGUGUGGGGACACAGAAGCGUAGAUCCAUAUUAGGAUUAUUAGUCCUGGUGGAGUUUGGGGUUACAGAUAAGGGGGUUGUGAGCACACCAGAGAGGAGUAAAUUUGUCUGAGGUCUUUCGUAUUCAGGAGCCAAUGGGAGAGUGAAAGGAGAAAUCACACCAGCAGUCUGUAAAUCUAGCAAAGUGGAUUUGGUGCCAGGAGCAUGCAGCUGUCAGACAGCCCCAGAGAUUGGCAGUGCUGCAUCCCUGGGUGAGGGGUGCUGGGCAGCCCCCACCUCCCACUCAGUGCCCUGGGAGGGACACACAGCUGGCAGCAGCGCUUGCUGGGGCUGCACAGAGAAGGGGGCCCUGGGGGUCAGCAGUGGGCUGUACCAGAUGGGAUCCCACAGCAUUGCUCUGCAGCCUUUCCUAAUUUGGGAGGCUGGGUUGGUAUCAGCGACAGUGAGGGCUGUGCAUGAGUCCUGGUGCUACUGAGGUACUGAGUGGGAGAGAGCAUUGGGAGCGGUUUGGGCUGCUGGCCAAAAGGAAAAUUACAUUCCAGGUCGGACAUGAGGUUUACUUUUACCUGUAGAGGGGUGGGUUUGGUCCCUACGUUGUCUAGAUAAAAGCACAGAGAUUUCAAAACAACAAAUGAAACAACAUCUUUGUCCUCCAUGCAGAAGGAUUUGACAGCAAUUUAUAAAUAGAUAUUGCUAAAACAAACAGCACCCUGUGUGAAGCAACAAGAUUGUUAGAAAAGAGAUGCCUCGAUGCAGCCCCAAACCAGCAGAACCUCAUUGCAAAGCUGUGCCUGGCAUUGCACAGACUUGGGCUGUGCUUGUGCAACCUGGGUGCUUUGGGAGCCUUGCUGGGAGCUCAGUUCCUCCUUCAGCCCUCACAGUGUCAGUGCAUCUCUAGGUCGACUGCAGGAAUUUUCUAAAUCUGGAGCUUUCUGGGACAUGGUUCAGUGGGAGCAGGCGGCCUCCUUGCCAGGGGCAGACUGUGUCCCAGCUGCUCACCUUCGCGCCGGUCCUCCUCUGCACUGGAAGGAUCAGUUCAGUGUUGGCAUGCUGGGAAAUAACAGUGGUGUUUGGCACUUGCACUGAGGGCUGCAGCAGGGAGGGUGAGAAGGAUGGGUGGCAGUUCUAAUGUUUUGGUGCUGCAUGGCAAGCAAGGCAUUGCCGUGGUGGCAGUCAGCCCCUUCCUAAAGGAAAAGUGCAUUCUUAGAAGCCCAGUCUACCUGUGAUUUGUCUCCCUAGAGUUUCUUUUGUGGUGUUUUUUUUCUUUCAUGCAGGGGCUGUGUUGACCUUUCCCAGGGAUGCUUUGCACACCUCUGCCACGUGUAGCACACUGAGGCCACCCAGCGGGUCCCACUGUUGUAGCCUGGGGAAGGUCAGAGCGUGUGAGCAAAGAGAGAGCCAGAAUCCACCACGGGCAGCCCGGAGAGUGCGCAGCCAUCUGAUCAGUCCUGCUGGGUUCAUGCUGGGGUUCAGACAGCUCUGCUGAUCCACAGACCAGCCUCGCCAGCCCUGAGCGAGCCGGCUCUUUGUGUUGCAGAGACGGGCGGCUCGCUGGGCCAUAGCUCUGCCCAUGAGCUGAAGGCAAUGCAGGAGUGGAUGGAGGGCACUGGAGGAGCUGCAGGUGGUGCCAGCAGCUGAGGAGUGUGAGUCCUGCUGUCCCCGCUCGCCCCUGCUCCUGCCACACUGGGACUGCCUGCAGCACAGCGCAGCCAAGCGCCGGGGACGAUGGUGGUGGGAGAAGACCAUGGCAUCAGGCAAGGCAGGAGCGUCAGAGCCAAGCAGCCCAGCUGAGGCAGCAGAAGGCUCCCCAGAGCCCUCCUCAGUGCUGCUGGCAGCUGGGGAGGGCUUUCCGCCAGAGAUCUCACUCUUCUUCUCCAUUGAGAGCCGCUCCUCACGGUGCCCCAAUGCCCAGCUGCAGGAAGCAGCCAGAAGGAAGCUGUGGGCCUUGGAGAGUGACGACAGACAUGUCUGUGCUCUGUUCAAGGAGCUAUCAGCCAGGCUGCUGUGCAUACAGGCACAGGAAGAUCGGUUCCUUCUCACCUUCAAAACCCUGGAAGAAGUCUGGAAGUUUUCCACGUAUUUAACUUUAGGCUAUGUAGGCCGCUGCUUGGAGCAGCUUCUCUUUGAGCAGGAGUACUGGCUGAACUGUGCACUGGUGGAGGACACGGAGAUCAGAGUGUCCAUGGAUGAAAAUCGCUUGGCCACCAUAUAUCUGGGUCUGCUGCUCCAGGAAGGUCACUUUUUUUCCAGAGCAGUGCCUGGUGCAUGCCAGCCAGAAAGGGAGGGAGAGGAAGGCCUGCAGUUCUGCAGGAAUGAGCUGGUCCAUGUGAAGAACAUUGGAGAGGAUUCCAAAUGGGAAGGGAUGUCCUUGCUGACAGGCCAACGAGGCCUGGUGCCUGUGACUGCCCUAGAGCCAGUACCUCACCCAUUCUACCAGUGGUUCCUGAGGAAUUACGCCAUGAGUUUUGGCAUCUCCAAGGAGAUCAGUGAGUCAACCUCUCAGCCGAUUGUCAAAGGCAAGUGCACAGCCACAGUGGAUCACAGAGGAGCAGCAUGGGAUGAACUGAGUUUCUCCAAGGGAGACAGCAUAGAAGUCAUUGGCUUCCUCCUCCCAGGACUCCCGUGGUUUGUGGGCAGAUCUUUAAGCAAUGGGAACAUCGGCUUUGUCCCAGUGCAAUCCGUAAAUGCUGAGGCUUGUGAAUCUCUAGAAAAGGGAUUGGUGUUUCUGAGCGAAGAAGAAAACUUGCCCCUCCUGCGCAUCCCCUGCAAUGGUGGUGAGCAGCACUUUGUCACCCUCCUUGGAGAGCUGGCACGCACUGACAUCACUUCUGUGUACCGCCUGGAUGGUUUUGAACCCACAGCCAUGUUCCCGAAAGCGCCAUCAGAGGCUGUUCUCCAUGGCUGUAAGGACACCCAGUUGCUCCAGUCCUGGGAGGAGAUAAACAGCUUAGUCACAGCUAGCACCUCGGAGCAGUCCAGCCCAGGGAGUGAGUCAGCCCCUGCUACAUGGGAAGAUGUUCUCCUGGACAAGCUGAAUGAUUUUGAUGAUCCCAAGUUCUUCAUUGACCUGAAUGCUGGACACAUGGAAGAUGCUGAUGUCUUUGAACCCAUACUGACCUUCCUUAACCAAGACAGUUAUAUGCUCUGUUAUCAAAGCCUCUAUGAUCUCAGUUUCUCCUUUCUCAACUCCACUUUUUAUGGUUUCUCUGAUGAGGAUGAACUGGUCUUGUACCUUGAGACAUCCAGGAACUGGGCCAAGAGGACUCAUUCAGUUUGGGCCCAUGUCAGGCUCUGUUUCCUCUUGGGUAAGCUCUGUAUGAAAAAAGUCAAGUUCUCCCAGGCUCGAGUCUAUUUUGAGGAAGCCAUGAGCACCCUGGGCAGGGGCCUUGGGGACCUGCCCCUGCUGGCUGCCUUGCACGUGAACCUUGCUUCCAUCUACCUGAAACAGAACAUGAAGAGCAAGUUCUUCUCCUUGCUGGGAAAAAUGGUGGCCUUGCUUGUUUGCUUGCCCGGCCGCUCCUUCAGCUCUGAGCACGAGCUGAGGGUCAUGAUGUACGUUCUGAGGGAGGCCAUUGCUGUGGGGAACACUCCUCUGGAAGCACGGGUCUGCUUCCUUAUCGUCAAGCUCUUCCUCCAGCUGGGAAAAAAUGACGAAGUACUGCCCUUUAUUGAACACCUUCAAUGUCUCUGCACCACUUCACUCAGCCUGGACGCUAGUGCUGUGCCGCUGGAUGCCACCCCCAUCCUGAGCUAUCUGUAUGACAAGAAGUACUUGCCAAACAUUGCACUGGCAUCUGCCAGGUCUUUUGUUCCCAGUGGCAUCAAAGGGGCACCAACGCCCAUUUGGAAAGCUGGCUUCAUCCUCCAAAAUGUGUCCAAGCUCCUGGGAAGCCAGCUGGAGAGGAGCAGCAUCCCAGCCUUGGUGUGUUCCUACCUCAAGCAAGCACUGCACUUCUCCUGUGAGAGCAGAGCAGUGACCACCCAGAGGACUCUGUGCACUGUUUUGUCCCGGAUGUACUUCCAGCACGGUGUGCUGGACGGGGCGGUGUGCUAUGCAGCCCAGGCUGUGGUUUUCAGCAGGCUGAUAGGCGAGGAGGAGGCUUUUGAGUCCUCCCUCUCUUUGGGGUGGAUGUACCUUCUGAGCAGCCAACCAGGCCUGGCCGCAGACAUCAUGGGGCAGCUCCUACAUUCCCUGCAUGGGACAGACAGUGUGACUCAAGGUGGAGCGGUGCACAACCUCCUCGCCAUUGCCCUCAGAGGAGCAGGGCAGGUGCAGGAGGCCACAGAGAACUACAUCCGGGCACUGCACAAAGCCAAGGAGACUGGGAACAAGAGGAAUCAGGCUAUCGCCCUGGCCAACCUGGGGCGGCUGAGCCAGUCGUGUGGGGCGAGUCAGCUGUCUGAGCUCUACCUGCUGCGGGCUGCCCAGCUGUAUGCUGAGCUGCAGGGCAGCGAGGAGCUGGAGCUGGAGUCGGUGCAUGUGCUGCUGUGGCUGGCACAGGCCAUGGUCAGCAGGCGGAAGAUGGAAGAUGGCAAACUCUGUUAUGAACUUGCGCUGGUUUUUGCCCUGAAGUGGCACAACGUGAGGAGUCAGCUUCAUGUCACUGAGGCACUCUGCCAUUUCUACAGCCAAGUGUGCCCCAGCCUCCAGGCCUGCAUUACCUACCAUGAGCACCGGGUCUCCUUGGCACAGAAACUCCAGGACAGAGAGCUAGAAGGCAAUGUCCAGCAGACCCUCAGCCAACUCUAUCAGGCUUUGGGCACCCCUGAGGCUUUGAGACAGUCGCUGGACUGCACCAAACAGAGUCUGAGGAUCUUCAUUGACCUUGAGGAGACAGGCAAGGCAGCAGAGGCCUGGCUGCAGGCAGGAAGGCUGUACUAUCUCAUGCAGGAAGACGAGCUGGUGGAAAUGUACUUUCAGGCAGCUAUUGAGACUGCUCUGAAAGCUGAGAACUUCUCCUUGGCCAUGGAUCUCUAUGAAAAAGCAGGCGAUAACUUUUUUAAUGGCAGCCGGCACAGAGAUCGAGCAGUGGAGUUUUACAGGGGUGGUGCAGUGCCCUUGGCCAGGAAGCUGCAGGCCAUUGAGACAGAGCUGCGGCUGUUCAAUAAGCUGACGGAGCUGCAGAUCGGGCUGCAGGGCUAUGAGAAGGCGCUGGAGUUUGCCACGCUGGCAGCCAGGCUGAGCAUCAGGGUGGGAGAUCAAUUGCAAGAGCUGGUUGCAUUCCACCGCCUGGCUACAGUCUACUAUUUUCUGCAGAUGUAUGAGAUGGCUGAAGAUUGCUACCUGAAGACACUUGCCCUGCAUCCCCCCAUGCUGCAGUGCUCUGGAGAAGCCCUGUACUACUGCAAGGUGUAUUGCCACCUUGGCAACCUGACCCUGCACAAGCUGAAGGAUGAACAGGACGCAGCAGCCUACUUCCUCCUGGCCCUCGCUGCAGCCAUUGAGCUGGGAGAUGUGGAGUUGCAGGGCCUCAUUGGUGCCAAGCUGGCCAACAUCUCCAGAGCCCUGCAGCGACCCGUGGACGUGCCAGGCUGUGCCACGUACCGGGCCAGGUGGCUGAGUGAAGGAGGCCACGUUGUCUGAUCAAAUGGACGUGUCACCAUGAGAUGCUCAUGAUCCACGUGUUCUCCAGAAGCAGCAAUCAGCAGAGGUCCUGCCACCAGCAUGAGGGACUUGAGGCCCUGCCCACAUUUAUGUGUGCAUGGCACUGCAGGCAGAGCAGGGCAGGAUGAGGCCCCAGCAGCUGGUGCUGGAGCAGGAGUGCAGUUGUGUGUGAUGGGGAUGAUAACAAGGUGCUGCCCGUCCCCACCUGGGACUCUGACCCGAGCGUGUAUUAAUUGGAAUAGUAGCUCUUUAUUUAUCCUAGCUGUUUUCUGUGCUGUCUGCUCCAUGCGGGUCUGUGCCCCGCACUGUGAUACAAAGCACAGCCGCCCUCCCACAGCAGGAGGCAGGGAUAGGGACGGGAAAACGCAGCGUUCGGGGCGGGGAGGGGAAGGCAGCCAGGAGGCAGCGAGGCGGCCGCUCACCGCCAGGGAGCAACCGAGCCCCGCGAUUGCAGCUCGGACCGAAGGCUGGCAGCCCGCUGGGGCUUCACAAAGGGGCCUCUUGCAAGGCACCCCGUCUGACUUACGUGGUCCGCUGCUUGUAAAUGCUGAACGCAGGACAUUUAUUUCCUCGCUGCACUUUGAAAACGCUGAUUUCAUUUUCCCCUUUCAAACUCUGUGAGCAUCUGUCACUGGGGCAGUGAAUAUACGGCUUCUUUAUCAUAUGUUCCUGCCAUUGAAGAACCUCAGCCCUAUGCUCAGAAGAGGUAAAUCUCUGUUCCAUGUGAAAUACAGUGAGGUUUUGGGGGAGGCAGUGCAAGGAAUCCCUUUGGCUCGUUCCAUGGGCUCACAUCAGGUGCCCGGUGCUCACCCAGAGAGGCCAAAAUCUGCACAGCUGCAUGCAGCCCAGCUGUGCACACAUCUGGUGCUCAGCACUGGCUUUGUGGACCCUGAACUGAUGCCCGAGGUCACCACGAGGCUGCUGGCCCAGCACCCUCUGUGGUCCUACUUCCCCAGGGCUUCAGCUGCCGGCACAUUGAGCAGUGCAGCACUGUGGGACAGGAACUGUGCAUGGGGGCACAGCUGCAUGGGGCCAUGGCCUCACAGAUCUACACUAAAGGCAGGUCACUUUCUGUUGAGCACCAGUGAAAAAAUAAGGGCUUUGUUUAAACAUAGAGGGUCUGUGUUUCAGCUGAUCUAAACCAGCUAACCUCCAUGGAAUCAAACAUGUAGGGAUUGUAGGUCUGGCCCACUGUUUUUAACCAAAUGUGUGCUCUUUAAAUCACAGCAAAUGAUUCUGUGGUGCCUGGGGGUAAGGGAGACUCACUCCUUGAGAACAUCCCAUAAAACACCAUUUUCCCUCUCCUUCAUCCACCAGCUCUCUUCUGCACAAAACUGGUCACUCAUGCUGACACAGCAGCUCUGUUUUCCUGGUGAGAUGAGAGGUCAAGGUAGCAAGUACUGAUUAAACAUCAUAACAACACCGUGAAACUUGGUGCUUACCAGCUCCUGCGUCUGAAGCCACAGAGGAGAAUUCUCCUUGCCUGGAGAGAAGUGCCAAGGAGAAUUAGAUGCUUUGGGGUCUUUACGGCAGAAGAGGUGACCUCGCCUGAUCAGGUCCUGGAGCAGCUGGGCUGGGGGUUAUCAUCCUCUGCUCCUCCUGGGUGUGUUGGCAUGACAUCCAUCACCCUGGGACACAGGGUGUGGGAGUUGGCUGUCUUUUAGGCACACCAAGGAGAAGCCCUGUGUGCGUGCAGAGCACAGUGAUCGUGCAGGAGGAGUGCAACCCAAGGUGCUGCAGGACACUGAGGCAGAUCAGAGCUGUGGCGGAGGAGCUGGGCUUUCAAUGUCCAUCCUAUAGACACCGGUCACCAGUGCCCAGCCCUCCUCCAUCAGCAUGAAUGUCAUUAUGGGCAGACAGAGGAAAAAUUAGGGGAAAGGGUAGAUAAAGUCUUCUCACAUCCUCACAUUCAGUGAGUGCUACUGAAGGAACCGCCAGCAUCAGCACUGCCAGCCACCAUGCAAGCCCACGUAAAGCCAAAUCUGGCUGUUGGGUGCCUCAGGGGGCCAUUCAAAUCCUGGAAUAAAGAGGGACUGGAUUUCUUUAACAUAUGCUCAUUCUUGAGCAGUGGAAAUACCAUGAUAAGAAUAAUUCCUGGCUCAUCGUAGCUCCGAUGUUAGCCUCCAGAGGCACUAGGAAAAAAGGAAGUAUUUGUAACUGCAAAUAUAGAUAUGGACAGAAGCAUAAUGAUAGCUAGAGUUAUUUGGAUUACUUGGAAACUACUCUUUCUUGCAGAAAUAGAACACCCAGCAGUAAUAGCCACUACGAGCAGGCACCUUUCAGCAUUCCCUCAUCGCACAGUACUGCAAAUCCUCACUGCCUGUGCUAGGUGGAGAGACCUUCCUAUCCCCAGCUGUACCAGACACAGUAUUCACCCACUGCAGACCUCAGGUCCUCCUGGGACAGUCAAGGGGUAGAAAACCUCUGAGUAUGUCAGGGUCCAACAGUUGGGUGGGGGAGUGCUGCUGCUUGGGAGGGAAGUCUGAACUUGAGUGACGUGGGUAGGAGCCAUCUCUCCCCUCCCAAGGCUCUGCACUUGCCCCCUAACCCCGACCUUAACCCUAACCAAAAUAACCAACCCCAGCUGACCCUCCUGCAGCCUUGCAGGGAGCACACAGCAGCUCAGAGGGCUCUGCUGGAGGCCCGUGCUCACUGUGCAGCUGGGUAGGGCAUCAUUCAUUAGCCCCAGAUGUCAGCAGAGAAGUGCUGCUGGGCACACCCUGCUGCCAGGGCUCGUCAGGAUGUGAGGGAGCAGUGUCUGGGACAGAGGCAAACCUGAGCUCUCCUUAUCUCAGGGGCAGCUGUUACUCUGCAGACAGCGUCUUUCCACGUUGCUUGGAAAAGCAAUGAGAAGUUGGUAAACACCAGCUGUUCUGCUGAGCAGGGCUGGGUGAGGUAUGUAAGCUGGGCGAUUUAGAUUAAAAAUCAGUUAUUUACACAGCAACCUGUGUUUUUUGUUUGGUGAUAAUUGGGAUCAUAAAUAUGCAUGCUGGGGGUGUGCUUGAGGUUCUGCACAGCAGCCAGGAGUCACUCACUGUGACUACAUUUCUUUGGGUAAAGCCAUGGUCCUCUGUAUGGUGGCAAGGCAGGCAGGGUGCAGCAAUGCUCCCAGCUCUCCUCAUGGCUCCCCAGCUCAGCACAGCAUCCCACCAGCCCUGGCUCCUCACUGGGAGGAAACCCGGCAGCACAAGGCUCCCUUGUCACAGCAUGGAGACAACUGUAGGAAACCACGCGAGCGCCAACAAGUCCUGUCACUCUGCAAGGAGUAGAGAGGAAAAACAGAUCAGGAUUUGGCUGCCACAGAGCCUGCUGGGAUGCAGUCCAGGAUCUGGGAUGAACACAAAGCAAUUAGCCCCCGAGCACCAGAGAGGUUCUGCAGAAAGGAAGAAUAAAUUCUUACUUAACCAGCA